AUGGCUAAACAACAACUAACACAAAUUGAAAUUCAACGUGCCCUCGUUGAAAGUGACGAUGAAAACAUUGUUGUGCGUGAGUGCGAUAGGGAAGAUGAGAAUUUUGCUGUUGACAGCUGUUCUGAUAGUGAAAGUAAUGUGACUGAUCCAGCAUCUGAAAACGAUGAUGAAAAUUAUGGAGUGAGAGUGAUGAUGUACCAUUACAAGAAUACGUUUCAAUUGACACUUAUAAAGGAAGAGAUAGAACAAUUUGGAAAUCAGAACCUGACAGGCAAAGCCGAACGCCUCGACAUAACAUAA